AUGGAGCAGAAAACACUGGAAAAGGAAAUUGAAGAGCACGAAAAUUUGUUGAAAUUGGAGAAAGAAAAACUGUUGCGAUUCAUUGAGAUGAGUGAGACGAACAAGCGCAAGAUGGCAAAAGAAGUCUGUCAAAAAUUAAAUGAAAUCGAGAAGCAGUAUUUUGCGAAAGCGACUACGAGCGAGACGAAAAAACGGCGAUCAUCGAAUGAUCAACACGAGAAAUUGGAUUGUAAUUACAACACAUGUGUAAACAGUAAAAAUGGUAACUCGAAUGCUAAUAAUUGUAACAAUACAAAAAAUAUUCGCAGUUUUAAUUCAGAAAAUAAUAAUAACGGCCCAAAUAAUUUUUGCAAUGAAGAUGAAGGUUAUCAAAAUAAUUCUUAUAUGGAUAAAAGCAAUUGUUAUGCCAAUUGCUGUUUGUAUGAUAAGGAUUCAGCAGCUGUAGAAGAUCAAAAGAUGAAGUCCAAGAAGUUUGAUACAAAUUUCACAGCUGGGGAUAACAUAAUUAAAAAUAACAAUUACUGUUUCAAUGAUUCUGUUGGUGGGAGUUGUUUUAAGGAUGGACCUAACGAUACACUGGAGAUCGAUAGGAGAAGUAGAAGAUUGACCCACCAAGUCGCCGACAGCCUUAACAAGUACAUUCACACUGAACUGCCAGACACUAAACUUUUUAUUAAAACCUGGUCAACCGUAAGCAACUGCAGCAGUUACACCAAUUACAACAACCUUGACCACAACAACAACAACGACAAUUACAACAACCUUGACCACAACAACAACAACGACAAUUACAACAACCUUGACCACAACAACAACAACGACAAUUACAACAACAUUGACAACAGUAGCUUCAGCAGCAGUAUUAGCAAUGAUAAUUUUUCAGAUAGUGAUAAUUUUUAUUUGUCAAAUUCAAAUAAAAAUGACAUUAGCAACAUAAUUAAAAGUCAGAAAUCUAAAAAACUUUACAAAAACAAACAUUUGAUGAAAUCUGUGAAAUCAAAUGAAAAAAGCGGAAGCAAUACAUAUUUGAAAUCAGAUAAUGAUUCGCAGUAUGAAAGCUCGCUGUCGUCCAUUAGCAUAAACAAAAAAGUUGACGAGAAGAUUGAGAAGAAAAAAUCUAAAGUGAAAAAGAAUAAAUCAGACUUACCAUUGAAUUGGAAGAAAGUAAUAAAUAAGUUGAUGAACCUGGAAUUAAAUGAAAAUAAACCACAUUCAGCUGACGGAAAUAUAAAGAGUCACAGCAUAAAUUUGAAUAAGAUUGGACAGGAGAAAAUAUUUGAACAAAAUGCAACAAGGAAACAGGAUUGCUCAAAUGAGAACAUCGUGCGACAGGAUAGACAAACUUUAUUAUCAAAAAACAACUUGGCAGCAGAACAUUCAGCAACUUAUCAAUACCCCAACCUUAACUUUCAAUCAUAUCAUCAAACUUGUCAGAAACUAGCUGGAAAAAUUUCAAACGAACCGAAACGUCCGAUAGCCAACAAAUUUGCAACCCCCACCAUCACCACCACCAACAACAACAAUAACAAGCCACAACAGAAUACAUCGAAACAAGAAGAAAGAUACAAAGAUGGCCAAUGUUACACGUCGAACGCAACAGCUCUGAAAGGAACUGAGGUGAAAAAUGAGCAAUACGAUUGGUCGAAAGUUGCGCCCGAUCUCGAUGAAGCGGCGCGGAUGGUCAUCGGCAACAUCUCCAACGUCAAGCCGGCCAAAAAGAAGAAUGCAAGCUUCUCUCUGCUAGAAAGAAUUUAA